AUGUUGAAGCUAUUCACCAUUACAACGCUGCUCGUGGGCACGCAGGCAACGGGCAAGUGCACAUUUAAUGAGAAGCACUUCAAUAACUUCACCCUGGCCAUCGUCAACAACACCCUGUACAUGGACUUGGUGACGCCCAGGACGAUUCCGCGUGGCCUCAAGGUCUUCAUGGACGUGCAAAUCAGCCUGGACAAGAGAAGGAACUACCAGCGGCUCUUCGCCUACGUCCUGGACGUCUGCGCCGUGGUCUCGUCGGUGAAGUCCAGCAUGUUCAAGAGCUGGUUCCAGAGCAUCCUCCAGCACGGCAACUUCAUGAGCAACUGCCCCGUGCCCCCGGGCCGCUACUUCCUGCACGACUGGAAGCUGGACUCGCAGCUGGUGCCGCACUACCUGAUACCCGGGGACUACCGCGUCUUCUCGCACUUCUUCUACGGGAAGCACAAGACCAGACACGAGGACUUUGUCCUCGACAUAGACAUCUAUGCGGUGAUGAGGGCGGCAUAG